UAUAAAAAUCCGAAGCUAUUUAACUAUUAUAAAAAUUUAAAGGUCUUUUAUUGUAAUUACAAUAAUAUUCUCGCGAACAAAAUAAAACCUCCCCCCGAUUCUCACGCAAUCAGAUGAAAUUGUACCCUUUCGACAUCAUCAAACAAGUCAAUUCCUUCGUCUCCCUGCAAUUCAUUCACUAGAAUUCCUUAAACAAACAACAUGCAAGGAGACGACGAACUCAGCAUAGAAGAACUCGCUUCGAAUCUCUCUACUUACAAAGAGCAGCUUCAACAGGUCAGAAAUCUUUUGGACGACGACCCUGGAAACUCUGAAUAUGCUGACAUGGAAAGGGAGCUUGUAGAGGUGAUUGCUUUGACAGAAGAACUCCUGAAAACUGCAAAGCAAAGUGAGAAUUCUGGUUUGAAUAUUGGGACAAGUGCUGAUGUCUCUCCUGGUUCGCACUAUUCUGGGGAUACCUCUCAGCAUAAUUUGGAAUUAAGAAGCAUCCAUGAUCAUUCUGACAAGUUCCCUAUUGGCACCAAAGUUCAGGCUGUUUGGAGUGAUGAUGGGGAGUGGUAUGAUGCAACGAUUGAGGCACAUACUCCAAAUGGGUAUUAUGUUACUUAUGAUGGAUGGGGUAACAAGGAAGAGGUGGAUCCUGCUAAUGUUAGGCCAAUUCAAGAAGGGGCUGUCAAUGCUUUGCUGGAAGCUGAGAAGGAAGCUGAGGCCACUAGACAAGCUAUUAAGCGGAAGAUUGCACAAGCUGCUGUUGUGGACUUCCAGUCAAAAAGUUUACCAGCAAAGCUUCGUAUAGAUCCUAAUGAUCCCGAGGAUGUGAAAGUGACUAAGCGUAAGAAGAUUCAUGCUUUUAAGUCAAAGAUACGGAUGGAGCAACUUGAGGUCACACAGAAUAAGAGGCAAAAUGCUUGGCAGCAAUUCCAGACAACCAAAGGCCGUGCUAAGAAGAUCGGUUUCUUCUCGGGGCGCAAGCGAGAGAGCAUCUUUAAGUCUCCAGAUGAUCCACAAGGUAAGGUUGGCGUGACCGGAAGUGGGAAAGGUUUGACGGAGUUUCAGAGGAGGGAAAAGCACUUGCAUCUCAAGGGAGCAAAUGCCGAGGACUAGAUAAUUGAGUUGCUGUUCAUCUUUCUCUGCUGUUCAUCUGCUUUGUCAAUCUUACUCGCCGCCACAGUUUGGCAUAGAGAGUAUUAGUGAUGCAAAGUUAAUGUAGCCCACACCACAAGUUAAAAAAUCUUUUCUACUAAAAUGAUGUCUUAGUUUUUGCUUUCUCUUGCCUCUGCGUGGAAGGAGACAAAUGGACAUUAAACAUGUAAUAUUUUUGUGAAUAUAAUUCGAUGACUAAACCUAGAAAAUAAGAAAAUUGAAAAUGCUUACCAGCCUACAUUAUGGCAUUAGUAUUUCUAUGCUAGGAACUUCUACCCCCAGAAGAUGUGGGACCCAGCUUCCUUGCUCACGGGAUUCCAUCAAAUUGUGUUACCUUAUUAUGUAUAGAUAUUUUAUGUCUUACGUAUUCUGGUUUUAAUUUUUAUUUUAAAUGGUCUACA